GCUUCAAAAUGGCGCCUACUUUGUUUGUCGGGGUUGUGUCGCCACCAUGGUUGUGACUAGAACAUUUUAACAAUCAUCUAAAUCCAACAAACGCAGAUAAAACUUGACAGACAAAAUGGCUGCCUCCUUUCAAGGGAUCGCGAAGCUUCUGGGUCGUCUCUCGCCUUCCUUUUCACAUCCAUUGCGACAGUACCGGUCCUGUCUGCAGAGGCUGCGUGUAGGAUGCUGCCCGGGUCUCUCUCCAUUUGUACCUCCAAGUCACUCGUUCUGCAAAGCAUUAUCGCUCCAGGAUGAGAAUGCUACUCAGGCCACUGAGGCUCUCCUCCGCUACAAGGAAAGACCCUGGGAUUAUCUGGAGAGUGAAGAGUACAUUGAGAGGUAUGGGACCAAUCCAGUGUGGGAAGGCUACAGGAGGAACCACAAAGGUGGUAUUCCUCCACAGAAGACACGCAAGACUUGCAUUAGAGGAGACAAGAUAUGUGGAAACCCCUGUCCAGUUUGUCGGGAUCCAAACAUUAUAAUCCAUUAUCAGAAUGUGAAAUUGUUGCAGCAGUUCAUUAGUCCCCACACUGGAAUGGUGUAUGAUCCCACUCGAACCGGUGUGUGUAUGAAACGGCAGAAGAAGCUGCAUGAGGCAAUCGACACGGCAAAAGAUCACGGAUUUCUUCCCUUUCAGAUUCCAUAUGUGGAAUUUUCAGGAGAGGACUACUCCAAUUCCCAUGAUGCUGUGGGGUCCACAUCACCUCCCCAGUCGUUGACCUCUGGUGAAACCUGGUAUAAGUGGUACAGUGAGAUAACGCCUGAUGAGAAGGAAGUGGCUAAAGUGAAGAAGACAUAUAAGGCUUACUUAAAGUGAUGAAGAUACAGAACCAGUCUAGGUGAUCAUGUUGUUGCCGUAAAUGUAAUGACUAACGUACUUUGGUUUGCUGACUGAUGUGAAUUUCUGGCCACUUCGCAUAUCUUACUGGUAUGUAAAUACAAAUUGCACAAUAAAAACAAUGAAAAAUUGA